AUGUCGUUUUGUCUCGGGAUUAAAAUCACAACAUUCCACUUCUUCUUCCCCGAUUCUCUCGACAUAAAACUAAGAAUCCUAAAACUCAGAGACAUAAAGAAACCAGAAGUAGUGGAGUGGGAAAUUGUCACGUUUAGUGUGAAUCAUGGUGGGUAUUGGGUUAAGAACCUGGCAGGACACGUUAGUUAUAUUAGUGGCGAGGUUAAAACUCUCGAAGGAAAACCGGAGGAUCUUUAUGAGUGA